CCUCCCUCUUGUUUUAAAAAAUGGAAACCCUAAUUCCAUUGAUUCACAGACUUUGUUUCGAAACUAUUGUCCAGGAAAUGUGUUUUAAACCUAGAUUUUUACAUUAGUCCGCUGUAAGACUCUUGAUUUUGCUUAAAUCGUACCUUGAAUUUCUAGGGUUUUGAGUGGGCAGUAGCUCCAUUCAUCCGAGCAAUACUUCUUAAAAUGCUAGGUGGGUUAUACGGAGAUCUCCCUCCCCCCUCCUCGGCUGAUGAAGACAAACCGACCAAUUCGUCGGUUUGGUCGAGCAGCGCCAAAAUGGCGCCGGCUGCGUUGCGCAAGCCGUCAUCGGUUUUUGCGCCUCCGCAGUCUGUUCUUAAAACCCAACACGCCCAAGCCAAACCCAAAACCCUAAAUUCAUCGAAAAUUUUGAUUUCGCCGGGGCUGGCACCGUCGCCUUCUGUGCUACCCAAUGAAGGGGCGAGAAGUCCCUCAUUUCAGCCCGCAUUGGUCGGGGUCACAUCGUCGGUGGUUGAAGAGUAUGACCCCGCAAGACCCAAUGAUUACGAGGACUACAGGAGGGAAAGGAAGAGGAAGGUUAUGGAGGCGGAGAUGAAGAGAGAGCUUGAGAGGAGGCGGCAAGAGGAGGAGGAGAGGGAGAGAGAGCGGAGAGAAAGGGAAGCAGCAGAAAGGGAAAGGGAGUAUGGGGAUUCAAGGUUGAAUAUUUCAGGUGAGGAAGCAUGGAGGCGGCGUGCAGCGAUGAGCGGAGCUGUGCCAAGGUCACCUUCUCCACCAACGAGUGGAGAUGGGUUUACUAUAGGGAAGUCAGAAACGGUUGGAUUGGGGGUUGGAGCGGGUGGGCAAAUGACUGCAGCACAAAGAAUGAUGGCGAAAAUGGGUUGGAAGGAGGGGCAAGGGCUUGGGAAGCAGGAACAGGGAAUUACUACUCCUUUGAUGGCCAAGAAGACUGAUCGGCGAGCUGGGGUUAUUGUGAAUGCUAGUGAAUCUAAACCAGAGAAGAAGGUGAAGAGUGUCAACUUUAACAGUCCACCAACCCGGGUACUGCUGCUCAGAAACAUGGUGGGCCCUGGUGAGGUGGAUGAUGAACUAGAAGACGAGGUUGGAUCAGAGUGUGCAAAAUACGGCACAGUGACUCGAGUACUCAUAUUUGAGAUAACAGAGCCAAACUUCCCAGUAGAUGAGGCAGUUAGAAUCUUUGUGCAGUUUGAGAGAUCCGAAGAAACCACAAAAGCCCUUGUUGACCUUGAUGGUCGUUUUUUUGGUGGUAGGGUGGUUCACGCCACAUUCUAUGAUGAAGACAGGUUCAGCAAGAACGAGCUGGCUCCCAUGCCAGGGGAGAUCCCUGGUUUCACUUGAAAAAUUGGACGCAAGUUUGAAAUGCAAGGAGAAGCUUCCCUGAUGUAUGAUGCUCCAGAAGUAGAUUAUGGCUUAAAGAUUUUUGGACAUGUUUUUGUAGUGUUGUAAGUAGCAGUCAAAGCUGGAGUAAGCUUUUAUUCUUCUCCUGAUGAUGCUUGUAACAUUACAAUGAAUUACAUUUAUGUGAACAACCUCUGGCUGCAUUUUGACAAACUGCAAUCAAUUUAAAACAACAACGUAGGUCAUGAUUGAUUUGCAAUUUAAUGUAGUGAGUAUGGAUUACAAGGAGGGUAAUUUUUU